UCCAACGAGUCGCACCGGAGAACCGUUUCCAGCUGCAGUGAAAAGGGUUGCGGUCAUUAUGUUGCCUCUCUAACGGAUUUCUCUGUUCCACCGUUAUGUUAACUCGUCUUCUAUAGGAACAUAACCACGGAUAUAAAAAAUAUAUAUUAGGGUUUUUGGUAGCCGAAACUGUGGAUCUGUUAGAUUACAUGACCUUGUACUGAAUGUCACAAUAAAAGGACCGUAUAUAUAAACCCAAUCUGUCGACACGGGGAACUCAGAUACUGGCCUGCAAAGAUGGAGCUCACCACACAUCUGAUAAAUGAUACCAUUAAUUUAUAUAAAUGGGCCCUUACCAUCGCAGACAAGCGAGUGGAGAAAUGGCCCCUGAUGGACAACCCCCUCCCAACGUUGGCCAUCAGUUCCUCCUACCUGCUGUUCCUGUGGCUGGGGCCCAAGUACAUGGAGAACAGAGAACCCUUCCAGCUCAAGAAGACACUCAUCUUCUAUAACUUCAGCAUGGUCAUCUUCAACGUCUUCAUCUGCAAAGAGCUCUUCCUGGCGGCUCGGGCGGCCGGCUACAGCUACAUCUGCCAGUCUGUUGACUACUCAGACGACCCCAAUGAAGUCCGGAUAGCAGCAGCGUUGUGGUGGUAUUUCGUCUCUAAAGGAGUAGAGUACCUGGACACAGUGUUCUUCAUCCUGAGGAAGAAGUUUAACCAGGUCAGCUUCCUACACGUCUACCACCACUGCUCCAUGUUCACCCUCUGGUGGAUCGGCAUCAAGUGGGUCGCUGGAGGACAGUCAUUCUUUGGUGCACACAUGAACGCAGCCAUCCAUGUCCUGAUGUAUCUGUACUAUGGGCUGGCCUCCUUUGGACCCAAGAUCCAGAAGUACCUGUGGUGGAAGAAAUACCUGACUGUUAUACAGAUGGUCCAGUUUCAUGUCACCAUCGGCCACACUGCUCUGUCCCUCUACAUGGACUGUGAGUUUCCCCACUGGAUGCACUAUGCCCUUAUCUGCUACGCCCUCACCUUCAUCGCCCUGUUCGCUAACUUCUACUACCAGACGUAUCGCCGCACGCCACGCCAACCCAGGGAGCCCAAGGCCGCCAAGGCUCUGUCUAACAACGGGGUCUCCAACGGGCUGUCCAAGGGACUGGGGAACGGAGCGGGGGUGGUGGUGGUGGGCAAGGUAGAGGCAAAGGAGAGGUCAUCGGCGGUGGAGAACGGGAAUGGAAGGAGAAAGAGGAAGGGGAGGGCCAAGAGGGAUUAGACAGAGGGGAGGGGUGUAGGGCUGAAGGAGGCUGGCACUAACAGGCCUUGCUGUUUGAUCUUAUUAUACCUUCCACAUAGCACCCUAUUCCCUAUACAGCACAUGACUUGUAGGUGAAGGUGUGGUAAGAGGAUGGAGUCAAUUCCAUUUCAAUUCAGUCAAUUUAUGAAGAAAACUGACAUUCAAAAUUACAAUUUUCCUCAUUGUCUUUGAUUAGGGAAAAUUUGAAUUUCAGCUAACUUUCUGCGUUUGGCUGAAUUGAAAGGGAAAUAACCACAACCCUGGUAAGAGGUCGCGACGUGUCCAAGGUGACCGUCAUUACAACUAAUCCAACGUUCAGUAGUUUCUGGUCUGGAAAACAAUAAACAAUCAACAUGUUCUCUCUCUGUACUGCAGUGUUGAGGUUUGUAGCUAGCUAACCGACUGGUUUGUAGCUAGCUAACCGACUGGUUUGUAGCUAGCUAACUGACUGGUUUGUAGCUAGCUAAGCGACUGGUUUGUAGCUAGCUAAGCGACUGGUUUGUAGCUAGCUAACCCCCUAGUUUGUAGCUAGCUAACUGACUGGUUUGUAGCUAGCUAACUCACUGGUUUGUAGCUAGCUGAUUUAAUGGUGUUUAGUUAGCUGACCGACUAGUUUGUAGCUAGCUGACCGACUGGUUUGUAGCUAGCUGACCGACUGGUUUGUAGCUAGCUGACCGACUGGUUUGUAGCUAGCUGACCGGCUGGUUUGUAGCUAGCUGACCGACUGGUUUGUAGCUAGCUAACCGACUGGUUUGUAGCUAGCUAACCGACUGGUUUGUAGCUAGCUAACCGACUGGUUUGUAGCUGGCUAACCCCCUAGUUUGUAGCUAGCUAACCGACUGGUUUGUAGCUAGCUAACUGACUGGUUUGUAGCUAGCUAACUCACUGGUUUGUAGCUAGCUGAUUUAAUGGUGUUUAGUUAGCUGAUUCACUGGUGUUUAGCUAACUAACCCACUGGUUUGUAGCUAGCUAACUCGUUGAUUCACUAGUUUGUAGCUAGCUGAUUCACUGGUGUGUAGCUAGCCGAUUCCCUGGUUUGUAGCUAGCUAACCCAUUGGUUUGUAGCUAGCUAACCCACUGGGGUGUAGCUAGCUAACCCACUGGUUUGUAGCUAGCUAACCCACUGGUUUGUAGCUAGCUGAUUCACUGGUGUGUAGCUAGCUAACCCACUGGUAACAGUUACACUGCUAUCUAGAGACAGGAACACACCACACACACACGUAGUUUAAACAUUCAAUGUGUACGUAUGCCUUUUAAAGAAUAUGACUUACUCAUACUGUCAUUUUUGUCCUUUGUCCAGAUUUGUUAAUUCAUAUUAUGUGAGGUAGGCCAUUGAAUUCUUCAGCCUACUCACACUGUUGCCAUAAGCAGAGAGAGAGAUAGAAGGAGAGAUAGAGAUCGGUCAGUUUACAUGCCCCAUAAAUGUUGUAAUGGUUCAUUUUUAUCAAUAAGACAGACUCAGCUGUUGGCAAUCCUAGCCACAUAUUGAGAUUGCAUUAAAAAAAAUUGGAGCUCUUGAAAUGCAAGCUAAGCUUUAUCCAAUUACAACUUGGCCAGUUAGACUUGUUUACUGUACAUGCUAAUAAAAAACAUCACUCAUUAUUAUUAGAAGUGACAUUCGGUUAGAGGCAGUGGAAUCUAGAAAUGACAUUCGGUUUGAGACAGUGGAAUCUAGAAGAGACAGUGGAAUCUAGAAGUGACAUUCAGUUAGAGACAGUGGAAUCUAGAAGUGACAUUCGGUUUGAGACAGUGGAAUCUAGAAGAGACAUUCAGUUAGAGACAGUGGAAUCUAGAAGAGACAUUCGGUUAGAGACAGUGGAAUCUAGAAGAGACAUUCGGUUUGAGACAGUGGAAUCUAGAAGUGACAUUCAGUUAGAGACAGUGGAAUCUAGAAGAGACAUUCAGUUAGAGACAGUGGAAUCUAGAAGAGACAUUCGGUUAAAGACAGUGGAAUCUAGAAGCGACAUUCGGUUAGAGACCGUGGAAUCUAGAAGUGACAUUCGGUUUGAGACAGUGGAAUCUAGAAGUGACAUUCGGUUAGAGACAGUGGAAUCUAGAAGCGACAUUCGGUUAGAGACCGUGGAAUCUAGAAGUGACAUUCGGUUUUGAGACAGUGGAAUCUAGAAGAGACAUUCGGUUAGAGACAGUGGAAUCUAGAAGAGACAUUCGGUUAGAGACAGUGGAAUCUAGAAGAGACAUUCGGUUAGAGACAGUGGAAUCUAGAAGAGACAGUGGAAUCUAGAAAAGACAUUCGGUUAGAGACAGUGGAAUCUAGAAGAAACAUUCGGUUAGAGACAGUGGAAUCUAGAAGAGACAGUGGAAUCUAGAAGAGACAUUCAGUUAGAGGCAGUGGAAUCUAGAAGAGACAUUCGGUUAGAGACAAUGGAAUCUGGAAGAGACAUUCAGUUUGAGACAGUGGAAUCUAGAAGAGACAGUGGAAUCUAGAAGAGACAUUCAGUUAGAGGCAGUGGAAUCUAGAAGAGACAGUGGAAUCUAGAAGAGACAUUCGGUUUGAGACAGUGGAAUCUAGAAGAGACAGUGGAAUCUAGAAGAGACAUUCGGUUUGAGACAGUGGAAUCUAGAAAAGACAUUCAGUUAGAGGCAGUGGAAUCUAGAAGAGACAGUGGAAUCUAGAAGAGACAUUCAGUUAGAGGCAGUGGAAUCUAGAAGAGACAUUCAGUUUGAGGCAGUGGAAUCUAGAAGAGACAGUGGAAUCUAGAAGAGACAUUCAGUUAGAGGCAGUGGAAUCUAGAAGAGACAUUCGGUUAGAGACAAUGGAAUCUGGAAGAGACAUUCAGUUUGAGACAGUGGAAUCUAGAAGAGACAGUGGAAUCUAGAAGAGACAUUCAGUUAGAGGCAGUGGAAUCUAGAAGAGACAUUCGGUUAGAGACAAUGGAAUCUGGAAGAGACAUUCAGUUUGAGACAGUGGAAUCUAGAAGAGACAGUGGAAUCUAGAAGAGACAUUCAGUUAGAGGCAGUGGAAUCUAGAAGAGACAGUGGAAUCUAGAAGAGACAUUCGGUUUGAGACAGUGGAAUCUAGAAGAGACAUUUGGUUUGAGACAGUGGAAUCUAGAAGAGACAGUGGAAUCUAGAAGAGACAUUCGGUUUGAGACAGUGGAAUCUAGAAAAUACAUUCAGUUAGAGGCAGUGGAAUCUAGAAGAGACAGUGGAAUCUAGAAGAGACAUUCAGUUAGAGGCAGUGGAAUCUAGAAGAGACAUUCAGUUUGAGGCAGUGGAAUCUAGAAGAGACAUUCAGUUUGAGGCAGUGGAAUCUAGAAGAGACAUUCAGUUUGAGGCAGUGGAAUCUAGAAGAGACAUUCAGUUAGAGACAAUGGAAUCUAGAAGCAACAUUCAGUUAGAGACAAUGGAAUCUAGAAGCGACAUUUGGUUAGAGGCAGUGGAAUCUAGAAGAGACAUUCGGUUUGAGGCAGUGGAAUCUAGAAGAGACAUUCGGUUUGAGGCAGUGGAAUCUAGAAGAGACAUUCGGUUUGAGGCAGUGGAAUCUAGAAGAGACAUUCGGUUUGAGGCAGUGGAAUCUAGAAGAGACAUUCGGUUUGAGGCAGUGGAAUCUAGAAGAGACAUUCGGUUUGAGACAGUGGAAUCUAGAAGAGACAUUCAGUUAGAGACAGUGGAAUCUAGAAGAGACAUUCGGUUAGAGACAGUGGAAUCUAGAAGAGACAUUCGGUUUGAGACAGUGGAAUCUAGAAGUGACAUUCAGUUAGAGACAGUGGAAUCUAGAAGAGACAUUCAGUUAGAGACAGUGGAAUCUAGAAGAGACAUUCGGUUAAAGACAGUGGAAUCUAGAAGCGACAUUCGGUUAGAGACCGUGGAAUCUAGAAGUGACAUUCGGUUUGAGACAGUGGAAUCUAGAAGUGACAUUCGGUUAGAGACAGUGGAAUCUAGAAGCGACAUUCGGUUAGAGACCGUGGAAUCUAGAAGUGACAUUCGGUUUUGAGACAGUGGAAUCUAGAAGAGACAUUCGGUUAGAGACAGUGGAAUCUAGAAGAGACAUUCGGUUAGAGACAGUGGAAUCUAGAAGAGACAUUCGGUUAGAGACAGUGGAAUCUAGAAGAGACAGUGGAAUCUAGAAAAGACAUUCGGUUAGAGACAGUGGAAUCUAGAAGAAACAUUCGGUUAGAGACAGUGGAAUCUAGAAGAGACAGUGGAAUCUAGAAGAGACAUUCAGUUAGAGGCAGUGGAAUCUAGAAGAGACAUUCGGUUAGAGACAAUGGAAUCUGGAAGAGACAUUCAGUUUGAGACAGUGGAAUCUAGAAGAGACAGUGGAAUCUAGAAGAGACAUUCAGUUAGAGGCAGUGGAAUCUAGAAGAGACAGUGGAAUCUAGAAGAGACAUUCGGUUUGAGACAGUGGAAUCUAGAAGAGACAGUGGAAUCUAGAAGAUACAUUCGGUUUGAGACAGUGGAAUCUAGAAAAGACAUUCAGUUAGAGGCAGUGGAAUCUAGAAGAGACAGUGGAAUCUAGAAGAGACAUUCAGUUAGAGGCAGUGGAAUCUAGAAGAGACAUUCAGUUUGAGGCAGUGGAAUCUAGAAGAGACAGUGGAAUCUAGAAGAGACAUUCAGUUAGAGGCAGUGGAAUCUAGAAGAGACAUUCAGUUAGAGACAAUGGAAUCUGGAAGAGACAUUCAGUUUGAGACAGUGGAAUCUAGAAGAGACAAUGGAAUCUAGAAGAGACAUUCAGUUAGAGGCAGUGGAAUCUAGAAGAGACAUUCGGUUAGAGACAAUGGAAUCUGGAAGAGACAUUCAGUUUGAGACAGUGGAAUCUAGAAGAGACAGUGGAAUCUAGAAGAGACAUUCAGUUAGAGGCAGUGGAAUCUAGAAGAGACAGUGGAAUCUAGAAGAGACAUUCGGUUUGAGACAGUGGAAUCUAGAAGAGACAUUUGGUUUGAGACAGUGGAAUCUAGAAGAGACAGUGGAAUCUAGAAGAGACAUUCGGUUUGAGACAGUGGAAUCUAGAAAAUACAUUCAGUUAGAGGCAGUGGAAUCUAGAAGAGACAGUGGAAUCUAGAAGAGACAUUCAGUUAGAGGCAGUGGAAUCUAGAAGAGACAUUCGGUUUGAGGCAGUGGAAUCUAGAAGAGACAUUCGGUUUGAGGCAGUGGAAUCUAGAAGAGACAUUCGGUUUGAGGCAGUGGAAUCUAGAAGAGACAUUCGGUUUGAGGCAGUGGAAUCUAGAAGAGACAUUCGGUUUGAGGCAGUGGAAUCUAGAAGAGACAUUCGGUUUGAGGCAGUGGAAUCUAGAAGAGACAUUCAGUUUGAGGCAGUGGAAUCUAGAAGAGACAUUCGGUUUGAGGCAGUGGAAUCUAGAAGAGACAGUCGGUUUGAGGCAGUGGAAUCUAGAAGAGACAUUCGGUUUGAGGCAGUGGAAUCUAGAAGAGACAUUCGGUUUGAGGCAGUGGAAUCUAGAAGAGACAGUCGGUUUGAGGCAGUGGAAUCUAGAAGAGACAUUCGGUUUGAGGCAGUGGAAUCUAGAAGAGACAUUCGGUUUGAGGCAGUGGAAUCUAGAAGAGACAGUCGGUUUGAGGCAGUGGAAUCUAGAAGAGACAGUCGGUUUGAGGCAGUGGAAUCUAGAAGAGACAUUCGGUUUGAGGCAGUGGAAUCUAGAAGAGACAUUCGGUUUGAGGCAGUGGAAUCUAGAAGAGACAUUCGGUUUGAGGCAGUGGAAUCUAGAAGAGACAUUCGGUUUGAGGCAGUGGAAUCUAGAAGAGACAUUCGGUUUGAGGCAGUGGAAUCUAGAAGAGACAUUCGGUUUGAGGCAGUGGAAUCUAGAAGAGACAGUCGGUUUGAGGCAGUGGAAUCUAGAAGAGACAUGUUUUCUUGUUUUAUUUCACUGUUCUGUCCUGGUUGCCUCCACAUACAAUAUCACUAGUUGUCUUACUCAGUGAACGUGGAGCUGUUGAGCAGAGCCAAGUAGACAUAACAGUAACUGUGAAGACUGCUGCUAUGGAAUUUCAGGGCGAAUCAAACAACUAGUCCACUGGGAGACGCUGUUUUAUCAAACCAAUCAAAUCGAAUGAUCGAUUGCUGGAUUGAUUUGAUACGCUGUUCAGGCAAGAUCAGCUGGUCAAUGUGUUUAGUUAGUGUACUGUAUUAUACUGCUACUGAAGGACCGUGUGCUCUACCUAACCGUGACACGUGUAGAGUACAACACGACACAGUCUACUCCAGAGCAGCAAAUUCAACCAUGGUAUCACGUCAUGUAAUAAGAUGCUAUUAUCUUGUUUUUUUAUUGAUUUUUAUUGUUCCUGUCUUAAAUAUAAAUAGUUAUUUUCUCUCUUCUCUCCUCUUCUUCUUCUUUCUCUCUUCUUCUUCUUUCUCUCUUCUUCUGUGUUUUAGUGUUCUUGAAGACUUGUUUAAUUUGUAUAUUAUUGCGUGUUGUAUAUAUUAAACGCUGUGUGAUUUUGUACUUUUGUGCUUUUUUUGGGGGGGGGGGGCGGAAAAGUUCCCAACUGAAUGCCAUGAUGAGCAGAUAUUUCUCUUGCACGUUCUUUUCAAAAUGAUCAUGAUUUAUUUCAAAACUCAUAGAUACAAAUAAACAGAAUGCCUGUACA